AACGGCUCUUCAUCUUUUUUUUUUUUGGUCCUCCUCGUGCUUUUCUUGCUCACUAAUAGGUCUGUAAUCUAGUUGAGCCGAACAGAGCUAGGCUGUUUGAAUUUGAGAGAAAUGACGACGUAUGGUACAAUACCAACAUCAUCUCUCCCAGAAUCAUCACAGCUCCAGUUUGUUUCCCGCGCAAAGGAAUGGAUCAGAAAUGGGCUCAGCCCGCGACGGCCAUGGAAAGAGAUGGUCUCCAUGCAAACCAUCACCCUUCCGGCUGACUUCCCCGACUCUCUAUCUCGGAUGAGAAUGAACGUGGCCUACUUCAGCCCCAACUAUGCCAUUGUCGUUGUCCUCAUCCUCUUCAUCAGCCUCCUCUGGCACCCUAUCUCUCUCAUUGUCUUCGUCCUCGUUAUGAUCGCUUGGCUGUUCUUGUACUUCCUCCGCAAUGAGCCGUUGGUGAUCUUUGGCGUCGAGCUCGACGAUCGCAUGGUUCUGACUGGCUUAUCGUUGGUCACCGUUGCUUUGCUGUUUUUGACCAAUGCAUCGGUUAACAUUUUGGUGGGGCUGUUGUUCGGAGUUGUGGUGGUUAUGGUUCAUGGCGCGUUGAGGAGUACCAAUGAUUUGUUUUUGGAUGCUGAAGAGGGGGCUGGAUCGGGGAUGGUGUGGCGCGGCGUAGGUGAUGGUGGUGGUGGUGCGAGGUUGCCUCCUAUCAAAGAGACGGUGUCUUCUUCUACUUGAACACAGAUCAUAUUUUCUCGUGUUACGAAACAUCUUGUGCCAACGCAAUAAUUUCACAUGUUCAUACAAUAAUUUUACGUCACUUAUGCAACCACCUUAGAUUGCUUACCCAAUAAUUUAACAUUGCUGAAUUGCAACCGAUGUAUUGUGUUGUGUUAUAUGAGCAGAAUGCAAA